AUGAGUCAUUCUUGCGUGUUGAUCCCUCCCGCGGCGUGCGACGACUCCACGGCCGCUCUUGCUGCGCCGCUUCUCCCCACCGCCUCUCGGGCCGGCGGCAAGGAGUGCUCCGGCACAGAGCCGGCGAGCGCAGCCGCGGGCGGCGGCGGCGGCGGGCACGGGGAAAAGCGAGGGUUGAAGCGAUCGCUGAAUGUCGUCGAUGGCGUCUGGGUCGGUCUUUUAGGCUGCUGGCUCCUCAUUCCCCCCGCUCCCCACCUCCCCUCUCCGCGUCCCUUCUCCUCCCGCGCGUCCCACCCUCUCCGCGUCCCUUCUCCUCCCGCGCGUCCCACCCUCUCCGCAUCCCUUCUCCUCCCGCCAGGCGUCAUGCUCGUGGACUCUCACUCCUCCCAACCCCUCAUUCCUACCAUACAUCUCCUCCCUCCCCCUCUCCUUCCUCCUCCUCUCUCUCUUUCCCCUUCAUGCUGCAGCAUGGUGCUGGGCGUGGUGGUGGGCAGCGGCAUAUUCGCCACGCCCGGCCUUUUGCUGCUCCUGGAAAGUGCUGGUUCUCCAACACCCAUCAUGGUGCUGGGAGUGGUGGUGGGCAGCGGCAUAUUCGCCACGCCAGGCGUCGUGCUCCUUGAUUCCGGAGGCGCGCCGAUUUCCGCGCUCAUCGUGUGGCUCUGCGCGGGCAUCGUCGCCUACUCGUGCUGCGAGGUGUACGCUGAGCUGGGCAGCUCCAUACCGCACGCGGGCGGCGACGGGGAGUACAUCCAGCUGGCGUUCGGAGAUCUGCUCUCGUUUGUCUUCAUGUGGAUGUUCUUUUUCGUCUCUACUGGCGGCGGCAUCGCCAUCCUUAUAGUCACAUUCGCCCGAUACACCAUUGCUCUGCUCCCGGGCAUGCAGGGAGCCAGUGAGGAGCAAAUGGAGAUGGGCGUGCGAAUCAUCGGCUGCUCCUUCGCUCUCCUCCUCACGGCUAUCAACUGUGCUGGAGUGAAGGCAGGCGCACUAGUGCAGAACAUACUCACAGUCACCAAGGCACUCCUCAUAGCAGCGGUUGUAGCCUGCGCGCCCAUCUUCAUCUCCCUUCACGGCACGGCUGUAGCCGCAACAAACUUCUCCCAGCCGCUCCCACCCCUCUCCGGCUACAACUGGAGCCGGGCCGGGGCCGGCCUGGUGGCUGCCGUCUGGGCCUUUGACGGCUGGAAUUGCCUGGGAUAUCUAUCAGAAGAGCUCAAGAACCCAAAGAGGGACCUGCCUCGCUCGCUCUCCUUUGGCAUGCUCACUGCCGUUGGCAUCUGUGUGAGUGGUGAUUCAGAUAUGUAUGAAUCAGAUUUUAACUACCGGUUCACUCUUUUGUGCGGAGGAGUGAAUUUGGCUGGCUGUUGCACUCCUUUGGCAUGCUCAUGCCCUCCGCAUCCGCCCGUACGGAAAUCAGAAGUGGUAGCGGUAGAGGCAGUCAACGUUGUGUUUGGCACUCCCUCCGGUCGCUCUUCAUCCCCUUCCUGCCCUUACUCACUCGUCUCUAUUCCCCUCCCCAUUGAUCCCACCUUAGCCGUGGGCAAGUCGGAAGUGGUGGCGGUAGAAGCGGUGGAAGCAGUGUUUGGUCCUCAUUCCGGUCGUUUCAUUGCCUUCCUGGUUGCUCUCAACGUGCUCGGCGCUGCCAACGCCACCCUUUUGUGUCACGCGCGUUUCUUUUACGCCAAGGCAAGGGACGGCCAGCUGUUCUCGUUUCUCAGUGCAGUCACUUCUGGAGGAGCUCCCUACGCUUCACUCCUUGCCACUGGCGGGUGGAUUGCGGUUGUUGUCUUCGUGGCGGCAAACCACCUUGAGAAGCUGAUUGACUAUUUCGGCAUCGCUGCAUGGAUGUUCUACGGCCUCGUGGGGGCAUCGCUCAUCAAGCUGCGCUGGGACCUGCCGGACCUGCCUCGCCCCUACAAGGCCAGCCUGUACCCGCUUCCAGGCGUCAUCGUCGUCGUUGUAUCCACCAUCGACACGCAACAAAUCAAGUGUUUAGCGCGGCCGAUGUACCUCGCCCGGACUAUGCCGCCGCGUCCGGAGGUGGUUGAGGCUUUUAGGGAUUGGGACAGCUGUUUAGAGGAUUGCUUUGAGCAGCUUUUCCCACCUGGCACUUGGGAGCAGGACCCCGACCGGUCUAGGCGCGCACGCAUGCAGCUGUAUCUCCCUGUGCGUCUCGGUGGGUUCGGGAUCCGGGCGGCGGCCUCUUUGAGCCCACUGUCCUAUGUUUGCGGGUGGGCGCAGGCCGCGGGGGACAUUGCACAGUUAGGGGUGGCGGGUGAGGAGGCGAUGUUUGCUGAGUACCUCACCACUUCGACAGGGGUAGAGUUUCUUGACCCGUGGUUUGUCAAGGCUCUCGAGCAGCUGCCAGCGACUAUCCGCCACGAGAUACCGGGCUUACCUCUGUGUGUAGCGUCCCCUCCUGUUCGGCUUUUCCAGGCGCGUCAGCGGCAGUUAGCUGUAGAGGAGCUCCAGGCACUGCGCCGCUUGGCUCGUGACGAUGCUACCUUGGCCCGUUUCACAUCCCUUCAGGGCUCGGGGGCAGGUGCAUGGGUUUCGGCGGUUCCGGCUCACUCAGAUCUCACAUUCACUGCGGCUGAGUGGGGCAUUGCUGCUGCUAUACGACCCGGCCUCCCAAUUCAGCAGCUGCAGGUGGCGGGGAGGUGUGUUUGUGGCACAACGUAUGUUGACCCAGCAGACCCGCACCAUGCCCUGAGAUGCAGGCACCAGCAUGGUCCUUCUCGGGUGCAUGAUGAGGUGAAGUUUGCGGUGGCGAGGAUCUCUAAGGCGUCGGGGGGGGGUGGUGACAUUGGAGGAUAG